UUGUGCUGCGGCUUCUGUAGACGUAUUUCCCCAUCGGAGGAGGGAGGAGAGGCGCCGGGCUAAGCGGUCCCGCCGGGGGCUUUACACAGGGACAGAGGAGUCUAUUCUGGGGUAAAGCGCGUUACAGGAAAGAGCCAAAAUGGUUUUAGCUGACCUUGGACGGAAGAUCACUUCGGCUCUACGCUCUUUGAGCAAUGCCACCAUCAUUAAUGAGGAGGUGCUCGGUGCUAUGCUGAAAGAAGUAUGUACAGCCUUAUUGGAAGCAGAUGUCAACAUUAAACUUGUAAAGCAACUAAGAGAAAAUGUCAAGUCGGCAAUUGAUCUGGAAGAAAUGGCAUCUGGUCUCAAUAAGAGGAAAAUGAUUCAGCAUGCUGUCUUCAAGGAGCUGGUCAAGCUGGUGGAUCCAGGAGUAAAAGCAUGGGCACCCACUAAAGGAAAGCCGAACGUCAUAAUGUUUGUAGGGUUACAAGGAAGUGGGAAAACAACAACCUGUUCGAAGCUUGCAUACUAUUAUCAGAGAAAAGGAUGGAAAACAUGUUUAAUAUGUGCUGAUACAUUUAGAGCAGGAGCCUUCGAUCAGUUGAAACAGAAUGCUACAAAAGCCAGAAUACCAUUCUAUGGCAGCUACACAGAGAUGGAUCCGGUGAACAUUGCUUAUGAAGGUGUCGAAAAAUUUAAGAACGAAAACUUUGAAAUUAUAAUUGUGGACACAAGUGGUCGGCACAAGCAAGAGGAUUCCUUGUUUGAAGAAAUGCUUCAAGUUUCUAAUGCUAUACAACCUGAUAAUAUUGUCUAUGUUAUGGAUGCGUCCAUUGGUCAAGCUUGUGAAGCCCAAGCUAAAGCCUUUAAGGAUAAAGUAGAUGUAGCUUCAGUCAUUGUGACCAAGCUGGAUGGUCAUGCGAAAGGAGGAGGAGCUCUUAGUGCUGUUGCCGCAACAAAGAGUCCCAUCAUUUUCAUUGGAACUGGAGAACAUAUAGAUGACUUUGAACCAUUUAAAACACAGCCUUUUAUCAGCAAACUGCUGGGAAUGGGAGACAUUGAAGGGUUGAUUGAUAAAGUGAACGAGUUGAAGCUAGAUGAUAAUGAAGCUCUAAUAGAGAAAUUGAAACAUGGUCAGUUCACAUUGAGAGAUAUGUAUGAGCAGUUUCAGAAUAUCAUGAAAAUGGGCCCUUUUAGCCAGAUAUUGGGAAUGAUUCCUGGCUUUGGACAAGAUUUUAUGAGUAAGGGCAAUGAGCAGGAGUCAAUGGCUCGUCUGAAAAAGCUUAUGACCAUCAUGGACAGCAUGAAUGACCAGGAACUUGAUAACACAGAUGGUGCCAAACUCUUCAGUAAACAGCCUGGCAGAAUUCAAAGAGUUGCCCGAGGAUCUGGAGUAUCUACAAGAGAUGUACAGGAGCUGCUAGCACAGUAUACAAAGUUUGCACAGAUGGUUAAAAAAAUGGGAGGUAUCAAAGGACUUUUCAAAGGCGGUGACAUGUCAAAAAAUGUAAAUCCUUCCCAAAUGGCCAAACUAAAUCAACAAAUGGCAAAAAUGAUGGACCCCAGAGUUUUACAGCACAUGGGUGGAAUGGCAGGCCUUCAGUCUAUGAUGAGACAAUUUCAACAAGGAGCUGCUGGCAACAUGAAAGGAAUGAUGGGAUUCAACAACAUGUAAACAAUGCCUUCAUAACAAUGGACAUGUCACAGCAUCUUUUGCCAUCAGUGGAGCUUUUACGACCUACUAGUCAUUGGGCCGGAAGACCUGUGAAUUAAAAUGGAUAAAGAGACUAAAAUUAUGAUGUGGUCAUUUUUUGAAUGGCUUCCCCAGUUUUUACUUCUGAUCUGACAGAUCAUCCAGUUUUAUGUUGGAAGUAAUGUCUUGCUUUGCUAUAAAUUACAACAUAGAUAUAUUGGUUUUAUAAUUACAGAAUUUAAUUUAAACUGUAGAUUGUUAGUCUGUAUUUACAGCCACAACGCACUAUUUAUGCAAAAAAA